AUGUCCGGCGCAAAUUACUACGAUCAAUCCCAAUCCUUCGAGGAUGAGCCCCGUCAUCACCAGCACCACGGUGAACGCGGUGAAUCAAACCAGGAAUACCGCGAUACCCGCUACCAAGGAAACGAUAACUACCGCGGUGGUGACGAUUUCUCCUCAGCCGCUCAACACGCUUCUGAGCACCAUGAAAGCUCUAAUGGAGGUUUCUUCCAGGAGGCUCUUGGUUUCCUGAAUGAGCGUAAGAGUCAGUAUGCUAAUACUGAUUCUUAUGAGGUUGAUGAGCAGCAUGCUGUUCAGUCUCAUCAGAAGCUCUAUGGUGGUGGUGAUCCCUCUAAUGAGAGCCAUGAUUCUGGAAGUGUUGGUGCUGGUGCCGCUGUUCAGGCACUUAAGCAGUUCACUUCUGGUGGAUCCAGUGAUGGUGGCUUUGAUAAGAAUAAGUUGAUUGGUAUGGCUAUGGCUCAGGCUGGAAAGCUGUGGGAUGAGAAGUCUUCUGGUGGUGCUAGCAUGUCUGGUGAUAAGCAGUCUGCUAUUAACAAUGCUGCUGAGAUGGCCAUGAAGAUGUACAUGAAGAGCGGUAGCGGUGGUGGUUCCAGCGGUAUUCCCGGUUUGGGCGAUGCUGGUGGCCUGAUGUCCCUGGCCUCCAAGUUCCUGGGUUAA